AUGCUGGGCUUGAUGCGCGAGCAGAUGGCCCCCCUGGACGUGGGCGCUCCGCCUCAGCAGGCCAUCCUCUCGUACUGGUCGGAGGUCUCGCGCCCCAUGGUGUGCCUGCAGCCGUCGAAGACGGAGGCUUGCGACGAUGGGCCUCGUGUCGACAGCCCGCUGAAUCCGUGGCUGGCGUCUCUGCUACAGGCCCGCCGAGCGCGGAUGGCACCCUGCCGGCGCCUGCUCACGUUGGGCUACGACCUGUGGGCGUUUGUGGUCCGCUGCACCACGAGGGCGCUGGACCUAGAGAGGCUAGAUCUUCCUUCAGUUGGUGCACCCAGGAAGGCAGGAUCGCCGAGCGAGUUCGCAGGCUGGCCCGCCCCGUGCAGCGCCGAGCCGCACUCCUGGUCGAGACUAUUGGCGAUUGCCCCUUCAGCAUCUGGCUCCGUUCGUGGAGAGGAGCGGGCGACCAGUGUUCCUGGAAGUGUUCAGCGUGUCGGGCCACCUCUCAGCGGCGUGGCGGCGUGUGAGCCGCGGUGGAGUUGUGGCCUUUGA